CGACACCCCGCGCCAACUGCCAACUGCCAACUGCCAACCGCCGACCGCCAACUGCCUUCCGCGCCUGCCUUGACAGCGCCGCACCCUACCCCGUGUCCGCCGUAUCGCAUCCACUCAAAUCGCAUCCACUCAAAUCGCCUUCAACCCAUAUCGCAACAGCUCAUCUCGCAUCGUUCCCUCAUCCCGCCGGCUUCUACCAACAUCAUGUCCCUUGUCGCGGGCCCCGGACGUGGAGGCUUCUCCGACCUGCCUACCGGACUCCAGCUCUACGCUCAGAAACACGUCGACUACAUUCGAUCUCUUGACACGCGAAAGGAUGAACUCGAAUACUGGCUCACGGAGCACUUGCGCAUGAGUGGUAUAUACUGGGGCCUGACUCCGCUGUAUCUACUUGGCCAACCAGAUGCCCUGCCCAGAUCUGGCUUGCUUGACUUUGUCGUGUCCUGCCUGCACGAGAAUGGAGGCUUCGGCGCCGCCCCUGGCCAUGAUCCUCACAUCUUGUACACCGUCAGUGCCGUCCAAAUUCUCGCCAUCAUGGAUGCCUUCGCAGAUCUGGAGCAGAGAGUGCCAGGCGCCAAGGAUCGCAUAGGACGUUUCAUCGCUAGCCUACAACAGCCCGAAAACGGUACCUUCGCUGGUGACGAGUGGGGUGAGACCGACACUCGAUUCCUCUACGGUGCGUUCAAUGCCCUCUCCCUGCUUGGUCUGAUGCAUCUGGUCGAUGUGGAAAAGGCCAUCGAUCACGUACAGUCUUGCGCAAACUUUGAUGGUGGCUACGGAACCGGUCCAGGCGCCGAAUCACACUCUGGCCAGGUCUUUACCUGCGUCGGAACCCUCGCUAUCGCCAACCGUCUAGAUCUUGUCGACAUCGACAAGCUUGGUGGUUGGCUCAGUGAGAGACAACUUCCCAAUGGCGGCCUCAAUGGCAGACCGGAGAAGCUUGAAGACGUGUGCUACAGCUGGUGGGUCGUGAGUAGCUUGGCCAUGAUCGACCGGAUACACUGGAUCGACCAGACCAAGCUCGCAGAGUUCAUACUGAAGUGCCAGGAUCCAAAUUUGGGCGGCAUCUCAGAUAGAGCUGGCGACAUGGUCGACGUCUUCCACACGCACUUUGGCAUUGCAGGUCUCAGCUUGCUGCAAUAUCCAGGCCUGCAGAAGAUUGAUCCUGUGUACUGUAUGCCUAAAGACGUGACUGACCGAGUCCUUGGCCGGACAAGUAAGUAGUGUAUCAUGAUCUCACGAGUAACGUAGGUGGCCUUCAACGCGGGAACCAGAGCCAAACGUCUUUGGUACAGACAGUGCGUCCUCUAGAGUAAUGAACAGUUGGUCAAGGCUUCUAGCGGGUCAGGACUGCUCGGAGGCUAAGGAGAAACGGUCGGACCUUAUUUGAUUCAGAUACUGUACAUGUGCAAAUACACUUCAUCUUCCAAUUCAGAUACUAUGCGGG